AAUCGCCAGCCCACCGCCGCCGCCGCCGACGACGACGAGGACGCGGCGGUGGUGGUGGUGCUGGACCACGCGGAGAUGUUCCUCACCGCCGCGGGGGGCGGCGCGGGGUGGGCGCACGGCCAGUCACACCCCAGUCCGCCGAGCCACCCGCUGCCGCUGGCUGAGUUGUACGACGUCCUCCGCGGGCGCGAGUUGUUUGGCCCCGACGAACUUCGGCAGCUGCGCCUGCGGACGGUGCUUUUCGUGACGCUGUUCGGCGGCCAAUGGGGCGACGUUGACCCCUUUGCCCGCGCCAAGUUCUUCGACGCGCACGUCGCGCUGACGACGCCGCUGGAGGCGGAGCGACGCGCCUUCUUCUGCGCCCACGCCGCACACCCGCCCGCGCUGUGCCAGGCGGUGGCCGCCCGCAGCGGGGGGAUACCGUACAGGGGGCUGACGGAGGUUGCAGAGCACAUGGAGGCGAUCGUGCGCGAGGCUGCGCCGGCGGAGCGGCCUCCGCAGCCGCAGGUGCGCGGCGGGGAGGCGGGGGACGGCGCGUCGGCGGCGCUGCUCUCGCUCCGCGCCGUUCGGGCGUUCGGCACAAGCGGCUCCGUUGCGGCGCGGGAGUACCGUCAGGGUGCGGGUUACGUGGACGUGC